GUCAAAAUCAUAGCUGCAUUGAUGUUAUUUGAGCUCGGAUAUUUUGUUAGUAUAAGACACUCCCAGCGAUUUUUCAAAAAUAAUUAAAGUUUUUGACAGAAGUUUGAGUAAACAUUUAGUGAAAUUUAUAGAUUAGUGUUCGCGUAAUUGCCGAGCAGACAAAGAAUUCUUGUUAAAUGCAUUCUUCAUAGUUCGUUUCAAAAUGGAGUAGAACAUUUUUGUUGUUAUUCUCAAGGAAACACGAGAACAACGUGCUUGGAUAUUGAUAGUUUGUAAUUUGAAACGAUGGACCUUUGUCCUGUGUAGUCCUCAAAACAAACAAUGGUAUAAUCGUAUUAACUGUGUUUGUGUAAAAUUUCGCGAAAGAUUUUGUACCAAGUGAAUAUUCUUGGAUGCUGCAGGAUCUAUGUUUGACCUUUGUGCAUUCAAGAUUCUUUCGACAAGAACCCUAUUAUCCAUGUGAGCUUAGUCCAUAAAAUGUCACGAGGACUUUCAGGUCUGCAGAGCUAGCUGCUCGUCUCACAAGUCCAGUAUACUUGAACAUUUGUCACCAAAUCUAUCGGUAAACACCCGUCUCAAUAAACGAACGAUGGCACUGUUCUCUGUGAUUUUAUGGUAAUUGACGGAAACUCGUAUGAUUCUUCUUGCAAAUGGGACGAACUGCUAAAAGUAAUGUGGAUUGGAGCUGAGGUUUGGAGUGGCCUCGCCCUGGGCAUGCCCGCUCUGAGGCCGCCAACGUCUUUGAGGUUAUGGUAAGGCCGUACCGCGUCGCAGCGACAGCCUGGCUGUGGCUGCUGGCUGCUUUCGCGGGUGCGGUGGGCUUUCGUGGGGCCUGGGACGGCGCCCUUUUGGCCCAGUACCCAGGCCCAGGCAAUCCUCCGCUACGUCUCUCGCACAUGGCCAUCGACCAAAAGACCAGAAGGAUUUUUGUGGCAGGUGUAAACGUGUUGCUGCAACUGGAUCAAAACUUGAACCUGGAGCACUUCGUGGUGACCGGACCGAAAAACGACAGUCCGUUAUGUCACGCGAAAGGCUGCGACGGUCCCGACAUAUCGGUUUCUUUGAUGGACAACUUCAACAAGGUGCUACUAGUAGAACCGGAGUCGAGGACAUUGAUCACUUGCGGCUCGUUGUCGCAAGGCGCGUGUUACAAAUACAGACUUUCCAAUAUCAGCGCGGAAGCGAAAUUCAUUCCGAUCAGCAUCGCGGCUAACGACGCGAACGCUUCGACGUACGCGUUCAUCGGUCCCAGCAUUUACAAUAGCAAUUGGGGACGUUCGAAUAUUUUAUACGUAGGCACUACGUUCACGAACAACGGCGAAUAUCGUCACGACGUUCCUGCAAUCGCCAGCAGGGACUUGGACUCUUUGGAACUCGCGGAAUACUCGUUUAGUAAACAAUCGUUGCUUAGUAUCGAUGUGAAGUACAGAGACCAUUUCAUCGUUCAAUACGUAUACGGUUUUAACGCGAGCGACUACGCGUAUUUCGUAGUCGUGCAAAAACAAUCCCAUCUUCCCGGCCAGGAAGAAUUGGGAUACGUUUCGCGUUUGGCUCGAACGUGUAUCGACGACGCUAAUUACGAUAGUUACACGGAAGUGACGUUACAAUGUUCCGACGCCGAUCAAAAGUAUAACUUAGUUCAGGACGCGAAGAUCGCGAUGGCCGGCGAAGAAUUGGCGAACGCGUUGGGCAUCAACGUCGAUUCGCCCGUAUUAAUAGCGGUCUUCAGGCCGGCCAGAGGUAUAACCAACGAGCCGCAAAAUCAUUCCGCUUUAUGCAUCUAUUCUCUUAGGGAUAUUGAGAACAAAUUUAUUGAAAACAUACACAUGUGUUUCAAUGGCAGCGUUAAGUACAGAAAUAUGGGUUACAUAUCCGGCCCUGUAUUGGAUGGCAAGUGUCCGUCUAGCGGUUCGGCAGGAAACAUUCCGAAUUUUUGUGGUGACGUGGGUUUAAAAAUCAGUGGCGCGACGCCAGUGGUGGCGAACGCUGCUCUUACUUUCCCAAACAUCUCCUUAUCGGCCGUAACUACAGCAUCUACGGGAAGGCACGUCUUAGCCUUCCUCGGAACAACAGACGGUAGAAUAAAAAAAAUCUUACUCAACGGACCGGAACCUCCUGAAUAUGAAGAGGUGGAAGUUGAUCCGGGUAACGCCGUACUUCCCGAUACAACCCUGUCACCUCUAGGAGAUUAUCUUUACGUUCUUUCCACUUCAAAGGUUUCAAAAAUUAACGUGGAACACUGUAGCACUUACACCAACUGUUCCGCCUGUUUGGAAUCGAAAGAUCCUUAUUGCGGAUGGUGUUCGUUGGAAAAAAAAUGUACAGUGCGUAGCGCUUGUCAAAAAGCAUCUCACAGUGCCCCGCGAUGGCUAUCAUUGGGAACCGGUCAACAGUGUAUAGAUUUCGAACAAGUAGUACCCGAACACAUACCCAUUACCCAGAUGACUACCGUCCGUCUUACGAUCAGAACACUGCCGGAAUUGCCAUACGGGGCCAAAUAUAAAUGCGUUUUCGGAUCAUCCGAUCCGAUCGACGCCCAAGUGACUGAAUACGGGCUUAGUUGCCUUACCCCGGAUAUAUCCAGACGUCCGAAAAUUCCUCCGAAAACUGAUCACGUGUUGGUGCCGCUUAGCGUACGCUCCUCGGAAACUAAUAAAGAUUUCGUGUCCAGAAAUUUCGCGUAUUACGACUGCGGAAAACAUAUCACGUGUGGAGAAUGCGUCAGGUCAAAAUGGGCGUGCAAUUGGUGCGUUUACGAAAACAAAUGCACCCACAACAUUUCGUCGUAUCAAAGGAACGUCAUCAGCGGCGAAAACAAUCCGUUACACCUUCCUAGCCACGGAUAUGCGUUUUGUCCCCAAUUCAAAAAGCGAGAUGUGAUAUUGCUCCCUAACAACGUGUUAAAAGAGAUCGUGUUUGAGGUUAAGAAUUUGCCCCACCCGCAAGCGGGUCAUUUCGGUUUUCAAUGUAUAGUAGUUAUAGAGGGCGCUACCAUGUUGGUCCCGGCCAAAGUAGACGCCGAUAAAUACAUCGUUUGUGAUAAAACGACUUAUUCGUAUGAAGCCAACGAAGGCGAACACGAGGCUAGUGUGCGAGUGGUGUGGAACAGGAAUCACCAUAUUGAUUCCAUUAACGUUAUCCUUUAUAAAUGUGAUAUUUUGGGGUCUCAUAGAGAACACGCGGACUGUUCUUUGUGCGUUACUAGAAAUUCUAAAUAUCAAUGCACUUGGUGCGGCAACAGUUGUCAGUAUAGCGAGACUUGCCUACACACGCCUCAUAUUGAAUGCCCCAGACCGAGGAUCGAUAUCAUCAAACCUCUAAGCGGGCCUAUAGAAGGAGGUACUCUAGUUACCAUAGAAGGGAGCAAUUUAGGAUUGAAACGAGAAGACGUCCAGGGUAAAAUAAGAAUAGGCGACGUCCCGUGUAAACUUGUAAAUUAUGAAGUGUCAGUUAGAAUUCAAUGCGUGAGUGGCCCUUCGCGUAUCGAGCAUACUGCGCCCGUUAUAGUGGGCAACGAAGCGGGCUAUACUAAAUCUUCAGUAGAAUUUAGUUACCAAGAUAUUCGACUGACCGGGAUAUACCCAUCUAUCGGGCCUCAAUCGGGAGGCACACUACUGGCUAUAACCGGAAAAUAUCUAAACAUAGGUUCCGAAAUAACGGCGUAUUUGGACAACAACGUCUGUCAAGUGAACCUAACCCAAGCUUCCAGCGGUAGAUUGACGUGUAUAACGUCGAAAGCACCUCGGCCAAUGAACAUAGCCAAAUUAACUUUAAGUAUCGACGGUGCUAAUCGCACUUUGGAAGGCAAUCCGUUCAACUACACCCAAGACCCGACGAUUUUGGAAAUCAAACCUUUGAACAGUUUCGUCUCCGGAGGGAAAAUGAUAUUCGUCCAUGGCACCAAUUUGGACAGUACGCAACGACCUGAGAUGGAAGUUUAUUAUUAUAGCGAGCCAAGUUUACCCAUCAACAGUACCGUUUGUACUGUGCUGAGUUCCACUCAAAUGGAAUGCCCCAGUCCAGCAGUGAACAGGGUGUUUUUCAGUUAUAGCUCGCGGUCUAGACGAUCUUUGAGGAAACCGUCGUCUAUUAAGAUGAAAGAGCCUAAACUAAUAUUAAAAGUGGGCUUCGUGAUGGAUAACGUACAGUCAGUGAGAAAUUUAGAAAAACACUUUCCAAAUUUACGUUCGUCGAUUUUGUAUGUGGAAGAUCCCAAGUUUUUCGAGUUUCCCAAUCAGAUAAAACUCUACAAGGGCGACACUCUUGUUAUAGAGGGUGAAAAUUUGAACGCCGCCAGUGAUGAGGCCGAUGUUGUCGUAACAAUCGGUACGAAACAGUGUAACGUCACAAGUUUGGCUAUGACGCAGCUUGUUUGUUCGCCGCCAGAGGUCCAACCGUUGGAUACAGACGAAAAUGGAAUCAAGACUGAUGCAAAUCUUCCACUUGUGGUGGUUAGAGUCGGAAAAACUUUAAGGUUUCCGAUAGGCUACCUGAAAUACGACUUGUUUAAAGCGUUUGCUUUUCCACCGGAAGCGAUAAUUAUGAUAGCGGCAGGCAUUAUUCUGUUCGGUUUUUUCUUUGUCGCCGUGUUGUUCGUUUAUAGAAGAAAGUCCACUCAAGCGGAAAGAGAAUACAAACGUAUCCAAAUACAAAUGGACACGUUGGAAAGUAACGUUAGGUCUGAAUGUAAAUUGGCAUUUGCCGAGCUGCAGACUGACAUGACGGAUCUCACAGCAGAUUUGGAAAAUUCUGGAAUUCCUACACUCGACCAUACCACGUAUAUCAUGAAGGUAUUCUUUCCAGGCGUUUCGGAUCACCCAAUAUUAAACGCUCUAAAGAUGCGGCUCAAUGGUCCCCGAAACCACUACGACGCCGCCAUGAUGCAGUUCGAGCAGCUAAUAAAUAAUAAACAUUUUUUGUUGACGUUUAUCGAUAUUUUAGAAGAGCAAAAAUCGUUUAACAUUAGAAACAAAGUAAACGUAGCGUCGUUGUUAAUGAUAGUUUUAAUGGAUAAAAUGGAGUACGCAACGGAUAUUCUAAAAUGUUUGUUAUUACGUUUAAUAGAAAAAUCUGUAAAUACGAAACAUCCGCAGCUGAUGCUGCGACGUACAGAAAGCGUGGUCGAAAAAAUGUUGACUAAUUGGAUGGCGCUCUGUAUGUACCACUAUCUGAAGGAAUACGCAGGUUCUUCCUUGUUUUUGUUAUUCAAAGCUAUCAAACACCAAAUCGAGAAGGGACUCGUCGACGCUGUUACGCACGACGCUAGAUAUUCUUUAUCAGAGGAACGUCUGUUGAGGGAAAACGUUGAACAUAGCAUUGUAACUUUGCACAUUGUCCAAGACGAUUUAGAUGAAAAAAUCCAGUGUAAAGUAUUGGACUGUGAUACUAUUAGCCAAGUAAAAUCAAAAAUCCUCGAUGCGUUAUUCAAAAAUACCCCAUUUUCAUUAAGACCGUCUAUAUACGAAGUGGAUCUGGAAUGGCGUCACGGUAGGGGCGGGCAUUUGACGUUGCAAGACGAAGAUUUAACCACGAAAAUGCUCGGCGGAUGGAAGAAACUGAACACACUGGCCCAUUACGGAGUGAAGGAGAGCGCGGUAAUGUCGUUAAUUUCCAGGCAAAACGACAGUUACAACAACUGCAAACAGCCGUGCCACAACUGCGUAACCGGACUAUACUUGAACAAUUCUCAAACCCCUAUUUUAACCACCAACGGCGACAUCGAGGCUCCUAGCAACCCGAGAAUAUUCCAUUUGGUAAAACCGAUGGACGAUCACCAAUACCCUUACAAUAAAAUAUCCGAAAGGACGCACAAAGCCAUCCCCGAGAUAUUCUUGACGCGGCUGUUAUCGACAAAAGGAACGAUCCAGAAAUUCGUCGACGAUUUUUUCAUGACAAUUUUGACAGUUAACGACGCGCUGCCUCCGGCAGUUAAAUGGCUUUUCGAUUUGUUGGACGAAGCGGCCGGUAAACACGGCAUCACUGAUCCGGAAGUGGUGCACGCGUGGAAAUCAAACAGUCUUCCUUUAAGAUUUUGGGUGAAUUUCAUCAAAAAUCCCGAUUUCAUUUUCGACAUUAACAAAACGACAACGUUGGAUUCGUGUUUAUCGGUAAUCGCGCAAACGUUCAUGGACGCAUGUUCGACGACCGAACAUCGUCUGGGUAAGGAUUCGCCGUCCAACAAGCUGCUGUUCGCCAAGGACAUCCCGAGGUACAGGGAGAUGGUGUCGCAAUUUUACGCGGAUGUGGCCAUGUUGCCCGUGAUUACCGACCAGGAAAUGGGAUCGGCGAUGCAACAACUAUCCGCCCAGCAAGUCGAAGAAUUCGACACUUUUUCAGCGUUGAAGGAGCUCUAUAUCUAUGUAACUAAAUAUAGAGAACCCAUCUUAGAGGCGCUAUCGAUAGACCCACAGUGUUGGCGGCAACAUCUGCCUCAAAAAUUGGAAAGCGUUGCGUACACUUUGGGCGAUCAGGAAACGUCUGGUUGCUGACCUCAUGAGUCACCUGAUCCGCUGCUGCCUCAAACUUUGGCGCCCUGAUUCCAAGCGCAAUUGACACACACAUGCUUUUUUUACUAGCGUUAUGUUCGAUUAUGUUUGAUAUUAAGUUGAUAAAUCGUAAUUUUCAGUUGUAAUCUCAAUAACCGAGGGUAAAUGAACUGGUGCAGCUCUGAUGAAUCUCAAGUAGCAGCUACUUUGCAAUUACAGCUCUCUACGGUGAAUCUCUUUUACGUAAAACUAUUACUGGUUUGGAUUCGUCCAGCAGAUCGUCAGCGAAUGGAGAGAUCUGAUUUCAAAAAGCAUGUGUGUGCGUUUGAGCGUGUUAUUCUGUGAUAUGGCGCAUGAUCAGGUGACUGUUACUUGGAUGAGUACUUACCCCCUCCAGCGGUCACUAGUUUCCUUCCUGAGUGCCUCGCUAUGCUGAUGGGACGUGAAGUGGACAGUGUUUCAACUUGUGACGCAACAUUGUAGUAGCGCACUUUCGUUCGGUCCGGUUAGCCUAGUUUUUAAAUAGAGUUUAAUAAAUAUUGAUUAUAUGUGUAUUCGACUGAUGUUCAAUUCGACUUUUGAGCCUCCCAUUAUUAGUUCGUGCAACACCUAAGAAUUUCAUUGGUUUCGAUUUGUCCACCAUCCAGUAAUUUGGUGAAUCUGUCCAAUUACCAGACAAAGGUUGUGUGAGAAAUGUCCAAAAUCUUGGUAUAUAUAAAUUAACACUGGGUGAAUUAUUUUUCCCUAAUAGUGUAAGAAUUACGAUUUCGGUUUCGUUAUAGAUACUCUCGUAAGCGAUAUUAGUUUUACACCGUAAACGUUUUGCUCGGCAAUUUGAACCAUCAUCACUAGUCCAUGAAACAAUAGGACUACUAGAAAAGUAUUGCGCAAGGAACGUGAAACUUUUUUUUAGUAAAGAACAAGUCUCUAAGAGAAGGGAUGAGGUUUUUUCAUCUUAACAGUAUGAACAAAUCAACUAUACCGACUUUUUGUUGUCAUUAAAAUUUCACCAAAAAUGUUAUGCAAAACUUGUUAUUGGUAUCUAUUUUUGUGUUUCCUUUUGUAAAUAUAUGAAAUGUGCAUAAGAUAAUUAUAUCAGGUUUAUAAAAGUGUUUAUAAUUAAGCAUACAUUCAUCGAUAUUAGAUUGUGUUUAGAGACUUAUUUUUCAAUUUAACUCUUGUACAUGUAGACUUACUUCUUUAGAAUGUGAUCAUUACCCAAACCCACGACAUACCAGUGACAGUAAAUUGUAAUCUUUACUGACUGAUAUUCAUCACAUUUUAGGGAGGUGCAGUGAAAUUUUGAUAUAAUUAAAUAUUGAUGUCUCAAUUCGAAAAUAAUAAAAAUGUUAGAUAAAAAUUACAGACUGUACAUUUUUUUUUAAAAAACUUCGUUUCUAAUUCAUUUACGCAACUAUUGUUUAGCAGCUUGACUUUAUCUUUUAUAUAUUUGGUAACGUGAUCGUGAAUUAAAGCUUUUUAUAUAAAAUGUAUUGUUUAGUGAUAUUUUUUUACUCUAUUAAACAUGUAU